AUGGAGAUUGAUCUGCGGUACGUUCUUGUUGCUGUCGCUAUUAUUUGGUCCAUCUAUCGUUGGUUGACUAAGAAUCAUGAUUAUUUCCAUCAUAAACCAAUACCCUCAAUGGCUGUAAGGCUUUUCGUCGGUAGUACUGGCCCAUUAUUGUUCCGAAAGCGCUCUUUUACAGAGUUCAUCAAACAAGUGUACGAUAAAUACAAAGGAGUUAAAGUGUUCGGUUUGUUCGAUGCAAACUCACCAUUGUACGUAAUUCGCGAUCCGGAGCUGAUAAAGACGAUUGCCGUUAAAGAUUUCGACCAUUUUAUGGACCAUCGACCAAUCUUCGGCAAUGCCGAUGGAGACCAUCCAAAUUUGGUUUUUGCUAAGUCAUUAUUUGUUUUGAAUGAUCAGAAAUGGCGCAACAUGCGCGUUACUCUCAGCCCGGCAUUUACGGGUUCAAAAAUGCGUCAUAUGUUCGAGCUAGUGCUACAGUGCUGCGAAAAACUGGCCGAAUAUUAUCAAACUGAAUGUCACAAAAGAGACGGUUCUACUCUGUGCGAAAUGAAGGAUGUGUUUUCAAGAUUUACGAACGACGUUAUCGCAACCUGUGCCUUUGGGAUAGAAAUUGAUUCGUCACGCAAUCGCGAUAAUGAGUUUUAUCAGCAUGGGAAAGAUAUGUUUAAAUUUGAUAGUCUGGUAGCUUUGAUUCGCACACUCGGUCAUCGGUAUAUUCCUUCUGUGAUGAGUUUCUUCGGGAUCGAUAUGAUCGAUCGAGUACACAAUAGCUAUUUUUCUAAAUUGAUUAAAGAUGCUGUGAAAGCUAGAGAAACUCACGGUAUUUUGCGACCAGAUAUGAUUCACCUGCUGCUGCAGGCUAGAAAAGGUAUGCUUAAACAUCACCAGGAGGACGAUAAAAACGAUAGUUUUGCUACGGUUAAGGAAUCCGAUUUGGGAAAAGGCGAAACUUCCAAACUAAUGACCGAGGUAGAAAUGAUAGCCCAGUGUUUAAUAUUUUUCGUAGCUGGAUUCGACACUGUAUCAACGUGCUUAACAUUUUUGAUGUACGAAUUAACACUUAACCCGGAAGUCCAAGAGAAACUUUAUGAGGAAAUAUGUGAGACAAAUUCUGCAUUAAAUGGAAAAGCACUAGAUUACGACACGCUACAGAAAAUGAAGUAUUUGGAUAUGGUGGUAUCCGAGUCGCUUAGAAAAUGGUCUCCCGUAGCAGCAAUAGAUAGACUUUGUGUCCGCGAUUACGAGCUGGACGAUGGAGAAGGAUUAAAAUUCACCAUUGAAAAGGGCGCUGCUGUGUGGUUUCCUUUCCAUGGACUGCAUCACGAUCCGAAAUACUAUCCGAAUCCGGAGAAGUUUAUCCCGGAAAGAUUCGACGAUGAGAAUAGAGCAAACAUUCAACCGGGAACAUAUCUUCCGUUUGGAAUUGGCCCAAGAAAUUGUAUUGGAUCUAGAUUUGCCCUGAUGGAAGUUAAAGCAAUUAUCUAUUAUAUGUUACGGCAUUUUAGUUUCGUUCGAACAGAAAAGACUCAGGUACCGUUAAAACUAGCUACUGGAUUUUUGGGAUUACAUUCAAAAGAUGGUGUUUUUGUAGAAUUUAAAUUAAGAAAAACACUGUAA